CAAGCGGGCGGGCUGCGCGAGCGGAGAUAUGGCGGGAGUCGUGGAGGCAGAGUGUGUGAAGUGCCCGGUGUGUGGGGGGGAUUUCGAGCCCGCCAGCAUUAACGCCCACCUGGACGAGUGUCUGCUGGACCACCAGGCGGAGAGCGGCGGGGACCGGGGCGGCGAGAGUGAGCCGCCGGCUAAGAAAGUGCGGGUUAACGGGGAGUCUGGAGGAGCUGGAGUGAAGCCUGAGCGACCUGCUGCUGCUGCUGCUGCUGCUAGCGGGGGUGGUACUGCGGGUGUUUCAGGUGGUACUAGUACUAGUACUAGUACCAGUACUGGCGGUGGUCCUGGAGUGUUUUCACUCUUUCAGAACAAACCGAAAGUGACUGAAAAGUUGGAGAAAAGUUCUUCCUCCACUUCUUCAUACUCCUCCUCAUCUUCCUCCUCCUCCUCCUCCUCCUUCAUCUCCUCCUCCUUCAGCAAUACUACUGCUACUGCUCCCAAUCCAGGCAUGAAGUGGGAGUCCCUGCUGAACAUAGACAAACCCCUGGCUGAGAAGCUGAGGCCCAGCUCUCUGGAAGAAUACUUUGGGCAGAAUAAAGUGGUGGGAGAGCAGACCCUGAUGAGAUCUCUGCUCCAGUCCCAGGAGAUCCCAUCCCUCAUCUUCUGGGGACCUCCAGGAUGUGGCAAGACAACCCUGGCCCACAUCAUUGCCAGUUCCAGUAAAAAGAAGGGUUCAACGCGGUUCGUGACUCUUUCUGCCACCAGCGCUUCCACCAGCGAUGUUCGAGAGUUCAUUAAACAGGCCCAGAACGAGCUUCGCCUCUGCAAGAGGAAAACCAUCCUGUUCAUUGACGAGAUACAUCGCUUUAAUAAAUCUCAACAGGACACGUUUCUGCCUCACGUGGAGUGUGGGACGAUCACGCUGAUCGGGGCCACCACGGAGAACCCCUCGUUCCAGGUGAACAGCGCCCUGCUGAGCCGCUGCAGAGUGCUGGUGCUGGAGAAGCUGUCGGUGGAGGCGAUGGGCUCGAUCCUGCUGCGGGCCGUGGACUCGCUGGGGUUGGGUGUUCUGCCGGAUGAUGCUUCAGAGAGGAAGCGCUUAAUGUCUGCAGAACAGCGAUGCUCAGUGUCUCAGGUGUGGAUUGAGCAGAAAGCUCUGGACACCAUCGCUCACCUGUGUGAUGGAGACGCUCGAGCCGGGCUCAACGGACUGCAGCUGGCCGUGCAGGCGUGUGUGGCCAAGGCCCGCAGUACCAACACACCCCCCCCUCGACACAUCCUGGUCCAAGAGGAGCACAUCAAGGAGGGCCUGCAGAGAUCACAUAUACUCUACGACAAAGCAGGUGAGGAACACUACAACUGUAUAUCAGCCCUGCACAAGUCCAUGAGGGGAUCAGAUGAGAAUGCUUCCCUCUACUGGCUGGGACGGAUGUUGGAAGGAGGUGAAGACCCGCUGUACGUGGCCCGCAGGCUGGUCCGAUUCGCUAGUGAGGAUGUUGGUUUGGCUGAUCCAGCAGCUCUUCCUCAGGCAGUGUCGGCCUUCCAGGCCUGCCACUUUAUAGGCAUGCCAGAGUGUGAGGUGAUUUUAGCCCAGUGUGCGGUCUACCUGUCCCGAGCUCCAAAGUCUAUAGAGAUCUAUACAGCCUAUAACAAUGUUAAAGCCUGUCUGAGGAACCACAAAGGACCCUUACCUUCAGUUCCCCUUCACCUUCGCAAUGCCCCUACCAAGCUAAUGAAGGAGCUAGGCUACGCUAAAGGCUACAAAUACAACCCAAAGUUCAAUGGGCCAGUGGACCAGGAAUACCUCCCUGAGGAACUCCGUGGGACCAACUUCUUUACCUGGAAACGCUGAUGAUGAUGUUUGACCUCUCCCACCCUUUAUAAGUGGUGGUAAAAAUGCUGAGAGAAAUGCUUUUACUGUUUUGCCACUGCUCAUAAAUUUUGUAAUCCAAAAUAUCAGCACUUAUAAUGACGUCAGCCUUUAUGAAUCUUUUGAAUCUGUCACCAGUUUGUCUUUGUCUACAAUCCGAUGCAGUUUACUUGUUUCAGGACAUGUUGGCAAAUCUUCUUCUGUAAUUAAUCUUCUUCUGUAAAUGUUUUGUAAAAAAAUAGUAAUUAAAAAUAUAUUCUAAUUUGUU